UCUGUUGUAGGAUCCCUGUUAGCUCCCAGUCUGGUACCCACACUCUCAUCCUCCAGCAUCCUCAGCCAGCAGCAUCCCUGUUGCUCCCCAUCAAGCAGCAGAUCUCCCCAACGAUAAUGAACUUAAGGAGCUAAACGUAUCGAGGAACAUUUACUUCUUGCAAAGUUCGAAAACAAGGAUUUGCCCCACAAGCGCUGAACAUUGACUUUUGUUGUUCAAGGCGCUAAUGGGAUGUUUUCCAAACUUGUACAUCACCAGCAGCAUCAGGGAGGAGCUGUCCGCCUACACCAGUGCUGAAACUUCACUUUUAUUUCUAGAAAACUAAAGCCUGCAUUAGCUGACCUGAAAAAAACAUUAGUUUCCCCAAAGUUUAAGACUCUAAUUCUAAUAUUUAGUUUUUAAUAGAAAAAUCUUUUAAAAGUAACCAUGGAUGAAGCAUUUAAAGACCGGACUGCAUUUAUAAGAGGGGCUAAGGAUAUCGCUAAGGAAGUUAAGAAGCAUGCAGCCAAGAAGGUUGGCAGGGGUGUAGACAAGGUGCAGGAUGAGUACACAAAGCGUUCCUACACGCGUUUUGAAGAAGAUGAUGACGAUGACUAUCAGCCACAGGAUGGGUAUUAUAGAGGUGACCCACUUAAUGACGAAGAAGGUGCAUCAAGUGAUGCCACAGAGGGUCACGACGAAGAUGAUGAGAUCUACGAGGGAGAAUAUCAAGGAAUCCCUCGGGCUGAUUCUAUGAAGGGUGACAACCUCGUUAAUAACCAGCAGCUAGUAACAGAGUUCAAAGACUUUGAAGAUUUGGAAGGGCAAAGGAGAAAAGACAAGGAGGAGCUUGCCCAACAAUAUGAGUUGAUCCUUCAAGAAUGUGGACACGGUCGGUUUCAGUGGACACUCUACUUUGUUCUUGGACUCGCCUUGAUGGCUGACGGGGUGGAGAUUUUUGUGGUGGGGUUCGUGUUGCCCAGCGCAGAGAAAGACAUGUGCUUAUCAGACUCCAACAAAGGCAUGCUUGGCCUCAUCGUGUACCUUGGGAUGAUGGUUGGUGCAUUCCUGUGGGGGGGACUGGCUGAUCGCCUUGGGCGCAAGCAAUGUCUGCUAAUGGCGCUCUCCGUAAACAGUGUCUUUGCCUUCUUCUCCUCGUUUGUCCAAGGAUAUGGAACCUUCUUGUUCUGCAGACUUCUUUCUGGAGUUGGAAUCGGAGGAUCAAUCCCUAUCGUGUUCUCGUAUUUCUCUGAGUUUCUGGCUCAGGAAAAGCGAGGAGAGCACCUGAGCUGGCUGUGCAUGUUCUGGAUGAUCGGGGGAAUCUAUGCUUCGGCGAUGGCUUGGGCCAUCAUUCCUCAUUAUGGAUGGAGUUUCCAGAUGGGUUCUGCAUACCAGUUCCAUAGCUGGCGGGUGUUCGUGUUAGUGUGCGCAUUCCCUUCCGUGUUUGCCAUUGGGGCUCUCACGACUAUGCCUGAAAGUCCUCGUUUUUACUUGGAGAAUGGGAAACACGACGAAGCUUGGAUGGUGCUGAAGCAAGUUCAUGAUACCAACAUGAGGGCCAAAGGCCACCCUGAGAGAGUGUUUUCUGUGACACAGAUAAAGACCAUUAAACAGGAAGAUGAACUUAUUGAGAUUCAGUCAGACACAGGCACCUGGUAUCGGCGCUGGAUGAUUCGACUUCUCAACUUAACACAACAGGUCUGGGCUAACUUCCACCAGUGCUUUGCUCCAGAAUAUCGGCGUAUCACCUUGAUGAUGAUGGCUGUUUGGUUCACUAUGUCAUUCAGUUAUUACGGGUUGACGGUUUGGUUCCCAGACAUGAUAAAACAUUUGCAGAACAUCGAUUACGCCUCUCGCACCAAGUAUUUCACAGGCGAGAAAAUGGUGAAUUUCAACUUCAACUUUACGCUUGAAAAUCAAGUCCACAAAAACGGAGAAUACCGCAAUGACAAAUUCAUGCGUCUCAAGAUGAAGUCUGUCACUUUUGAAGACUCAAUAUUUACUGAUUGUUAUUUUGAAGAUGUUACCUCCAGCAACACCUUCUUUAAGAACUGCACCUUCAUUUCAACGCUGUUCUACAACACAGACUUGUUUGAUUACAAGUUUAUCAACAGUAAGAUAAUUAACAGCACGUUCCUGCACAGCAAAGAGGGCUGCCAGCUCGACUUCAGCGACGAUAUCAACAACGCCUACAUGAUCUAUUUCGUCAGCUUCCUGGGAACCCUGGCUGUUCUGCCGGGAAACAUUGUUUCGGCCUUGCUCAUGGACAAAAUUGGACGCCUUCGUAUGCUGGCUGGAUCCAGUGUCAUGUCGUGUAUCAGCUGCUUCUUCCUGUUCUUUGGGAACAGCGAGUCGGCUAUGAUUGCCUUACUCUGCCUCUUUGGGGGAGUCAGCAUUGCAUCGUGGAACGCUCUGGAUGUCCUGACAGUGGAGCUCUAUCCUUCUGACAAAAGAACAACAGCCUUUGGGUUCCUGAAUGCCCUUUGCAAACUGGCUGCUGUCCUUGGAAUAAGCAUUUUCACAUCUUUUGUUGGAGUGGCCAACGCGGUACCCAUCUUGUUGGCCUCCGCAGCACUAGCUUUGGGCAGCUUUCUAGCCCUUAAACUGCCCGAAACUCGAGGCCAAGUGCUUCAGUGAAGUUAGCCCUUGUAAAAAGGAAUUAGAAUUGUAGACACUGUGAUAUGUCUUUUACUUUAAUUUGUUUGUUUUAUGGCCUUUUGUGGCCUUUCCCACAUCCACUCCCCACAAAUGUUGGUAACGUAACAUACAUCAGUCUCAUUCGCAAUGUAAUUAGGAAAAUGGAAGUAGGAAAUUGUUGCACCAGUUUUACGUUGAGGGCUUCCCUGAAUAUUAGCUUGCGUUUGAGAUACUAAAAGACAUUAAACAUAGCUAAGCACGUUCUUGAGAGCAGGCUCAUCACCAUUCCGAGGUUGGAGGUUUAUAUCAAGCAAAUUCGACAGAAGCCUGUAGAAUUAGUGGUAUUCUGUAACUUUGUAACAGAUGAAUGCUAUGCACAGGGAUGAUACAUUAAUAUCCGAUUCUGAUCGUCACAACUUAAACGUCCCAUCAAAUCUACAGCCAUGACUUGGUGAAUUGUGACCUAUGACAUCCGAUUUUAAUGUGUUCCAUCCCUUAAAAAAUACUUGUUGUGCUG